CGCACGCAGUGAGAGAGAGAGCGCGGGAGAGGUAUUUUUUUGGGGGGGGGUUGGAUUGUAAACUCAACAGCAGCGCCAAGACGGAUUUCCUGUGGGAUAAACGCACCGGCCUCGCAGCGAAAACGAUGCCUCUCCCGAGACGGCUCCGCUCUUCGGAGCGGGGAAGCCGGGACAGCUACCAUGACCGGUACCGGAGCCACAAGCACCGGCGGAGACGCAGCCGGUCCCGGUCCAGCAGCAGCGAGAGGGAGCGGAGAGGACACAAGCAUGAGGACAGCUUCCAUCUGCACUCCAGGAGCUACGAUGACCCGUGCGUGGCGAGGCGGCGGCGGGCGUACACCCGGCGAUACUGCGGCAGCUACCGGCGCCAGGACUACAGCCGGGACCGGGACCGGGGUGGAGAUUACGAGGAGGAGUUCCCUUCACAGCGCGAGGAGCCCUACCACAGCCAGCGCGCCCCCAGCAGGCGUAAGCACAAACACAGGAGGCAUAGAACCAGGUCUUAUAACGCAUCAUCAUCGAGGAGUGGACACAGCAGUGGCCCAGGCAGGACACGGGCACAGAGCGUGAGGGAUGACGAGGAAGGGCACCUGGUCUAUCGUUCCGGCGACUGUCUUCAGCAAAGAUAUGAGAUUGUUGGCACUCUAGGGGAAGGUACCUUCGGUCGGGUGGUGCAGUGUAUCGACCAUCGAAGGGGCGGAGCGCGAGUGGCUCUCAAAAUAAUCAAGAACGUGGAGAAGUACAAAGAGGCAGCGAGACUGGAGAUCAACGUUCUGGAAAAAAUCAACGCGAAAGACCCCGACAACAAACAUCUUUGUAUUCAGAUGUUUGACUGGUUUGAUUAUCACGGGCACAUGUGCCUCUCCUUUGAGCUGCUGGCUCUCAGCACCUUCGAUUUCCUCAAGGAGAACAACUACCUGCCCUACCCUCUGCACCAGGUCCGCCACAUGGGCUACCAGCUGUGCCUGGCCGUCAAGUUUCUCCAUGAAAACAAGCUCACACACACAGACCUGAAGCCAGAGAAUAUUCUCUUUGUGAACUCUGACUACACCAUCACCUACAAUGUGGAAAAGAAGCGUGACGAGAGGACAGUGAAGAACACUGCGGUGAGGGUGGUAGAUUUCGGCAGCGCCACGUUUGACCACGAGCACCACAGCACCAUCGUCUCCACCAGGCAUUACCGGGCCCCCGAGGUCAUUCUAGAGCUGGGCUGGACUCAGCCGUGCGACGUGUGGAGCAUCGGCAGCAUCGUGUUUGAGUAUUACCUGGGCAUCACGCUGUUCCAGACUCAUGAUAACAGAGAACACCUGGCUAUGAUGGAGAGGAUUCUGGGACCGAUCCCGUCCCGAAUGAUCCGCAAGACCAGGAAGCAGAAGUAUUUCUACCACGGCCGGCUGGACUGGGAUGAGAACUCCUCCGCGGGGAGAUACGUGCGAGAGAACUGCAAACCACUGCGGAGGUACAUGCUGUCAGAGGCGGAGGAGCACCACCUCCUGUUUGAUCUGCUUGAAAGCAUGCUGGAGUUUGAGCCCUCCAAGCGCCUGUCCCUCGCAGACUGCCUGAAGCACCCCUUCUUCAGCCCGCUGCGUGGCCCCGGGGCCCCCGAGCCAGCCGGAGCCAAGAUCUGGGAGGGGGGUCGGGACAUCAGCCGAUGACCAGGGGGCAUGGACUCUGGGACCCCCUGCUAGCCAGACUCCGGGACCCCCAGCCAGCCACCUCCCCACCCAGGGCUAGCCAGACCCCGGGACCCCCUGCCAGCCACCUCCCCACCCAGGGCUAGCCAGACCCCGGGUGGCCGGUGGCUUUGUUGCUUUGAUUGGCUCAGUGGGUGCUGUUGGUGGAGCAGCGGGAUUAGCGGAGAGUGAUGAAAGACAACCCGAACUUUAUUUCACAUGCAGUAUUAGUUUGGGGGUACAGCAGGGGGAGCACCCUGCCUGUGUGAGAGAGUCCGCAAUGAAGCACAGAACACACAGCUGCGGUCGGCUUUGGGAAUGAACUCUUGUGAAUAAUCGUAAAACCUGGAGCCAGCCAGAGAGCUCAGUUUAGUAAGAGGGAGUUGUUGUUGUUUAUUAUUUUCGUGUUGUUUUCAGUGUCGUGUCUCUCUCUCUCUGUUUUAGGUCUCGGUCCUCCCUGAAUAAAUCCUCUCUCUCUUGUCUCACAGUGCAGAUCCAGCUCUGUGCUGUUUUGAUAACAACAAGUUCAGAGAGCACCAGAACUUUCAUAUCAAAAACUAAAAGGUGUGACCAUGAUUUAGAUAUUUUAACAUCCUGUCAUCAAAAGAGAAACUACAAAAUGAGAUUGCAAAGAAAGUCUACCGGAAGGAAGCUGUAAUAGCAGGACAGUAUUUAAUUUACAUUUCCAAAUGUCACGUUUGUCAGUUUAUUUUCUUUGUAAGUAUAGGUGAAAAAUUAUACAGAGCGCUGGUGUGGAAUUCAAUAUGUUGAGUAACAUUAUUCAGCAGCUUUCACUGGACUCUAUGAAGCUGAGGGAGUUCAUUCU